GCAUGGAGGUGUUAGCGGAUCCUGAGCCGAGUGAUCGUUCUGUCCUGACAUUGCAGGCCUCACACAGGAGUGAGGAUGUGUGGGUUGGCCUCGAUGUUCAGGUGGAUAGGUGCCGCGAGCACCUACGUGGUUUGUCGCAUGUGCGGGUGGACGACAUAGUACUUCCACAUGUUCGUGAUGCGGGUUUUUAUGGUCUGCAUAGAUUGGUGACUACUGUCCCUCUCGAUAGAGCGCUACUGACUGCUCUUCUUGAGCGUUGGAGGCAGGAGACACACACGUUUCACCUCCCUGUUGGUGAGGUGACAGUGACCUUGGGAGAUGUUGUUGUACUGACUGGGUUACAGGUCCAUGGGAGAGCUAUUGCUGGUACUGCUUGUCGAGAGUGAGUUGAUGAGUGUGAGCGUUUGUUGGGUGUUCGCCCCCUUCUUCGUGCUGACCUUCAGGGGUCAUCUCUGAGGAUGCCAUGGCUGAGGGAGCAUUUCGCCGAUCUUUAUGCGGACGCUGAUGAGGUGAUGAUCCAGCAGCAUGCACGAACAUAUAUUUUGAUGAUGAUGGGAGCUUUCAUUUUCGCUGACAAGAGCGGAAAUGAGGUUCAGGUGCUGCACUUGCCUAUGCUAGAGAGGUUUGAUGUAGCAGCACAGUUCAGUUGGGGUAGUGCCACGCUAGCUUAUCUCUACAGACAGCUGUGUCACGGUUGCUAUAGAGGGAGCAUAGAGCUUGGAGGAUUUUUGCUUCUUCUCCAGAUUUGGUCAUGGGAGUACAUCCACAUUGGGCGUCCCAUUAUAGUGGCAUAUCAUGGCAUUGAUGGACACCCACUGCCUGAUGAGCCUCCACGUCUCCUGAGACCACAUCAUGUACGGGGCGAGGACUCUCUGGGCCGUCG